AUAUUAAUAAUAAUAAAAAUAUAUGUAAAUAGCAAACAAUUAAAUUAAGGGGUGACAUAAAAUAAACAGCAAAAAUGCCGCGAAUAAUGAUUAAGGGUGGUGUUUGGAGAAACACCGAGGAUGAAAUCCUUAAAGCUGCUGUUAUGAAAUAUGGCAAAAAUCAAUGGUCUCGUAUCGCAUCCCUGUUGCACCGAAAGUCAGCUAAGCAAUGUAAGGCGCGUUGGUAUGAAUGGUUGGAUCCCAGCAUUAAAAAGACCGAAUGGUCGCGAGAGGAAGACGAAAAGCUAUUGCAUUUAGCUAAAUUAAUGCCAACACAAUGGCGCACGAUAGCACCAAUCAUUGGACGUACAGCCGCUCAGUGUUUGGAACGAUACGAGUAUUUACUCGACCAAGCACAGCGCAAAGAGGAUGGCGAGGACGGCGCUGACGAUCCACGUAAACUAAAGCCGGGUGAAAUAGAUCCCAACCCGGAAACGAAACCUGCGCGUCCCGAUCCGAAAGAUAUGGACGAAGAUGAGCUGGAAAUGUUAUCAGAAGCCCGUGCUCGUCUUGCCAAUACUCAAGGCAAAAAGGCCAAACGUAAGGCACGUGAGAAGCAGUUGGAGGAGGCACGGCGUUUGGCCGCAUUGCAAAAACGCAGAGAACUUCGUGCUGCAGGCAUUGGCAGUGGAAACAGAAAACGUAUUAAAGGCAUUGAUUAUAAUGCGGAGAUCCCAUUUGAGAAACGACCGGCUAUUGGUUUCUAUGACACAUCAGAAGAAGUCGUCGAUAAGCAAGGGCCAGAUUUUAAUAAAAUGCGUCAACAAGAUCUUGAUGGUGAAUUGCGAUCGGAAAAGGAAGAGCGAGAGCGCAAGAAAGAUAAGCAAAAAUUGAAACAACGCAAAGAGAACGACAUGCCGUUAGCAAUGUUGCAAAAUUUGGAACCGGAAAGAAAACGCUCCAAAUUAGUGCUACCGCAGCCGCAGAUUUCUGACCAAGAAUUACAACAAGUAGUCAAGUUAGGGCGUGCUAGUGAAAUAGCCAAGGAAGUAGCUGGCGAAAGUGGUGUUGAAACAACGGAUGCUCUUUUAGCAGAUUACUCCAUCACGCCACAAGUUACCGCAACGCCACGUACUCCGGCACCUUUUACCGAUCGCAUAAUGCAAGAAGCUCAAAACAUGAUGGCACUCACACACGUAGACACUCCUUUAAAAGGUGGAGUCAACACUCCGCUCCACGAAUCUGAUUUCUCCGGUGCAUUACCAAAGUCAGCAUCAAUUGCAACACCAAACACUGUGAUUGCCACACCAUUCAGAACUCAACGCGGUGGCGAGAACGGAACACCUGGUUUUGCUACACCGUCUAAUGCACUGGUACCACUUGGCAAAACCCCACAUGCAGGUGCGGUCCAAACACCAACUUUAGUACGCGACAAAUUAAGCAUCAACCCAGAAGAUAAUUUGAAUGUUGGUGAUACACCGGCACUUUAUAAAAAUUACCAAAAGCAAUUGAAAAGCUCACUACGUGAAGGCUUAGCAACAUUACCUACUCCUCGCAAUGAUUACGAAAUUGUUGUGCCCGAGCAUGAUGACAAUGAAACCACUGAAAUGCAAACCGAAAACACGGUCGAGGAUCAAGCCGAUGUUGAUGCACGUGCAAUCGCCGAAGAAAAUGCAAAACGUCAACGGGAGUUGGAAAAGCGUUCUCAGGCUAUUCAGCGUCAACUGCCGCGACCCACUGAAGUUAACACCAAAAUUUUACGUCCACAAUCUGAGAAACAAAACCUCACCGAUAUGCAAAAGGCUGAAGAGUUGAUAAAACAUGAAAUGAUCACAAUGCUACUAUAUGACUCAGUUAAGGAUCCAGUUCCCGGGCAAUCUCAAAACAAAAUUGAGCAACUACAAAAUUACUUUAAAGCAAAUCCAUAUGAAGAAUUCAAAAAAUCCGAUUUAGAAAAAUCGGGCAACCUAAUCAAAGAAGAAAUGGCAGUCGUUAAGGAGGGUAUGGGUCACGGUGAUUUACCAAUGGAUGUUUAUUCACAAGUGUGGCAAGAAUGUCUGGGUCAAGUGCUCUAUUUGCCCUCACAAAACCGCUACACCCGUGCUAACCUGGCAAGCAAAAAGGAUCGUUUGGAGUCAGCCGAGAAACAAUUAGAGCAAAAUCGACGGCACAUGGCAAAGGAGGCGAAACGUUGUGCUAAAAUAGAGAAAAAAUUAAAAAUUCUCACAGGCGGCUAUCAAGCACGUGCGCAAGCAAUGAUCAAACAGUUGCAAGAUACAUACGAUCACAUUGAGCAGAAUACAUUGGCAUUGUCGACUUUUAAGUUCUUAGCCGAGCAAGAAGCCGUAGCCAUUCCAAGGCGAUUAGAGGCUUUAGAAGAGGAUGUUAGUCGGCAAAUGCAGCGCGAACGAGACUUACAGGAGAAUUAUGGCAGGUUAUGUAGGGAGCUUGAAGAGGCCUACGAAGAACUUAAGUCAUAUAAAACUAGCGAGCAAAAUGGUGAAAUUGAAAGCUAAGAAGGAUGCAUUAUAUACUAUAAUUCAAAAGUUUGAAAUUUAAAUAAAAUAAACAAGGAACUCAUUCUAUUUUCAAUCUAA